AUGGUAAAAAGACUCAAUUAGACGUAGCCUUUAUCCAAAAAGGGUCAUAAAAAUUUACAAGUCUGGAAGCCCUUAGAGGAAGGAGUCGUAAUAGCUCCCCCAUAGAGUUUCUGUAUAUAUAGGGAUGUUCAUCUGGGACCGGUCUGCGGCAGAUAAGCAAAGGAAGGUUCAACAAUCUGAAUUAUAAGUAGAGACUUGCGGUCGGAAAGGGCAUUCAGAAAAAGUGUGUACUUAAUGCCCAUGUACAGCUGCAAGAGUGUGA